CCCUUGCACCCUCCUUCACCGCCCUCGACCUCUCCGACUUUGACCGCACGAUGGCUGUCAACCUCCGCUCCGUCAUCGCUGGUAUCAAGCACGCCGCGCGCGUCAUGAUCCCGCAACAAUCGGGCUGCAUUCUCUGCACCGCGAGCCUGACGGGAGUCAUGGGCGGAAUGGCGCCGCAUGAUUACUCGAUAUCCAAGGCGGCGGUGAUCGGGGCAGUGAGGUCCGCGGCGGCGGAGAUGGGGAGGCACGGGAUCAGGAUUAACUGCAUAUCGCCCCAUGCCAUUGCGACGCCAAUGGGGGUCGAUGCGAUGAGGAAAUUGGCGCCGGAGUUGGGGGAGGAGGAGGCAGUAGAGGUUUUGGAGGGGUGCGGGGAGCUCAAGGGCGAAGUGCCGAGGCGCGAGGAUGUGGGCGGCCGCGGCGUUGUUUUGAGACGCUCCGAGACGGCCAAGUUUGUGAGUGGCCAUAAUUUUGUGGUGGAUGGCGGGUUUACAGCGUUCAAGAGGCUCAAGAUUUGAAAAUUUUUGGUUAAGAGGUGAAUUAUUAGAUCAUUUGAAUGUUUAAAAUGUUUGUCAUCUCCUUUUUAUUUGCAUCUGAGAUGCGGAUGUAAUAUGAUACCAAUGUGUUUGAGAGACGCUCUAUGAAUUUUCA